AUGGCCCGUCCGCAGCCCGAUGAUAUGCCUGUUGCCUGUCGCCCUUCACCUCUCCUCUUCUUUGUCCUGGACCGCACCUGCAACCCGACCUGCCCGCUGAAAGAGUCGCCCUCCGCUGUUGAACGUCGUCGCCGCCGCCGUUGGAAGGAAGCCGGACUCCUCUUCUUCGGCGAUUCGCUCGAUCCGCCGUCUCCACGCCGUGCCAAACGUCGCAGAACGACUCCGUCGCCUGGCAACACCACUGAACCGUCGAGCGUGCCGGAGCUACAGCAGCACGCGCUUUUUCUCGAGCCCGCCCAGUCUCCUGUCAGUCGCGAGUCAAUUUCUGAGCCCGCCAUGGCCCUCUCUCCGGGUGAAGUGCGUCCUAUGGAGAACCUCAUCAAGCAGGACGAGGAGUAUGUGGACAAUUUCAACAUCCACAUGAUCUGCCCCGACUGCAAGGAGCACCCUCCGAACCUUGUUGAGGAAUUCUCCAGCGGCGACACCGUCUGUGGAUCCUGUGGUCUUGUGCUGUCUGCCCGUGUCGUGGAUACUCGUUCUGAGUGGCGAACGUUCUCGAACGACGACCAGAACGGCGACGAUCCUUCGCGUGUUGGUGACGCUGCCAACCCGCUUCUCAACGGCUCACAGUUGGCGACCAACAUCUCCUACACGGAUGGCGCGAAGAGUCGGGAGCUCAAUCGUGCUCAGAACAAGUCCGGCACCGAUAAGAGCAACAAAUCGCUUAUGCAGGCAUACAAGUUGAUCGGUCAGUGGUGUGACCGCUGGCUUCUGCCUCAUACAGUUAGCGACACGGCCAAGCACAUGUACAAGAUGACGGACGACUCGAAGCUGUUCAAGGGCAAGGCGCUCGACACCAUCGUCGCCGGCUGUUUGUUCUUGGCCUGCCGGCAAGCUCAGCAGGGCCGUUCCUUUCGCGAGCUGCACGAGCUGACAGGCGUUUCGAAGAAGGAGAUUGGCCGCAUCUUCAAACUGCUGGAUACCUUCUUCAACAAGCAGAACAAGUCGGGCACUGUCGUCACCACCGGUGGUAUGGUAAUGGUGGGCGACGCGUACAAAUCGAAGGAGGCUACCUCUCCUCCAGAGCUGUGCGCUCGCUACUGCAACGCUCUGGGGUUGGACAAUCGCGUGCAGAUGCUGGCUCAACGUCUUGCCGAAGAGAUGGUGAGGCAUGGCUGUUUGGCUGGUCGCUCGCCACUCUCUGCAUGUGCCGCCUGCAUCUAUAUGAUCAGCUAUCUGGUUGACCAGCCUUUAACGGCAAAGGAGAUUGCACCCGUUGCUGGUGUAAGCGACGGCACCAUCCGGACGGCGUACAAACUCCUGUACCAGGACAAGGACAAGCUCCUUGAUCCAGAGUGGGUUAAGGAAAAGGGUCUCAAAAUCGACAAGCUGCCGUCUACCUAA